AUGUCUCAGCAAUCAGGAGGUCUUCCAGAAAUCAGCGUUAUCACUUUCACCCAGAAUGCAGCUUCAGCUUUUGGUGACGAUAUCGCAGACGACUCGUACUCCGUGUCAGAGCUGUCCCACUACACAGAGGACAAGGCUAAACAUCGGUCGAAGAGCAUCAGUCACCAUGAAACGUUUGGCAGGUCCACGUUACGGAAACUCGAGAGACAGAUGUCAAUCCAGCAAGAAUCACAGUCAUCUCAGGAAGCAGAUACAGAGGUUAAGGAGCGGAAAUCAUCUUCUGGUUCCCCUGAUCAAAUAGAUGAGGUAGCCGGAAGGGCUGCGGAGAGUGAUGUUUCUGACAUGAACAUCACCAGCUUUGUCAAAUUUGGACAAACCAAGUUCCAAAUGAAGAUUCUGCCCAGUUACAGUUGUUCUGCAUUGCCACAGCCUCUGUUGCCUAAACCCGAUAGGGCAGACUAUCUGGCAUCCCUUGCCAGCUGGGUGACCAUACUGAGGAUCAUGGGAGAUCUGCCUGGCGUAGACAUGGGGGAUACAUUGGUCAUUGCAGGGACACAUGUACCUGUUACAUCCAAAGUGAGGUCUGCUUUCAAAGCCAAAUACACAAAGAAAGACAUUGAUGACGCACAUAAAAAAUACUCAGACUUGUUCAAAGACCCUACAGGAACAGAUGCUGAAUCUUUGCCAUUCUUGUCUGCUGCCACUGAUUCUAUGUUGGACAAGGUACAGUUGGUAUGUGCUAUGGGGAUCUACAAACCUGUGCUCAGGGAUGAGCUGUACUGCCAGCUGUGCAAACAACUGACCAACAACCCAUCCAGAAACAGCAUCAUGAGAGGCUGGGUGCUGUUGAAUCUGUUUGCUGGCAGUUUUUCACCAUCAGAAAAUUUUGCCCACAUCUUGGUUAACUUUCUGAGAGACAGUCCAUCAGAACUGUCAGAAAAAGUGGAUAAGUUGUUGCGUCGAACAUUUAGUGUGGGAACUCGAGCAUACCCACUAAGCUGGCUGGAGUUUCAGGCAGCCAAAAAUGGGAAGCCACUGUUGAUUCCAGUCACAUUUAUGAGCGGUCACAGGAUGCUGUUUGAGGUGGACUCGGCCAUGACAGUAGCUGAGGUCAUCAGAAAUGUGGGGGAAAGAGUGGGUCUCAAAGAAACCUCAGGCUACUCUAUUUACAUAUCCCUGCAUACAAAGAUUUCCUGUUUGGGUCAUGGACAGCACCGGAUCAUGGACGCCAUAUCUGAAUGUGAGCAGCAGACGAAGCAAAUGGGAAUGAGAGAAAGUAGCACAGUGUGGAGGAUAUACUUCCGCAGAGAGUAUUUCAGCCCAUGGUACAUUCCUGGAGAAGAUGUGGCAGACACAGAUUUGGUCUAUCAGCAGGUCAGACGGGGUAUCACUAUGGGAGAGUACAGACCGGAGAAGGAGGAAACUUUACUGAAUCUUACAGCCAAAUUCUACUACAUAGAGUACCCUGAUGAUCUUGGAUAUUACAACAUGACACGUUUCAUUGACUCCUUUAUACCAGCAAGUAAGCUUUCAAAAAGACCAAAUGAUUAUUUUCAAGUGAAUUUGAAACUUGGUACUGAGAAACCACCGAUACACACCAUCAAAACUGAGAUUGUCAAGUUUGCCAAAGACACAUUUUACAUCCUCUUCUCUCGGUAUUACGAUGUGGCGAAGGUGAUGGGGCCAAAUCUGAAUAUUACAGAAGUGGUUGUUGGCGUCAACAAUCAGGGCAUUUAUGUUGUGGAUAAUACGGAUACUUUGAGACUGCAGGUGGAGUUUUCUGAGAUUGUGGAUAUAACUAAAACCAAACACCAUCUGACACUGGGCAUAGCCAAUAUGGAUGACUUUGUGUUCAGUACCAACCAUUCAGAUGACUUCUAUCACACAGUCAGCACAAACAUUGAUGAGCUGAAAAAGAGAUCUACAGUUGCCAUAGCCAAGGAGGAUUUCACACAUUUGGACAGUGCAGCAGAUGUUACCGUGCUGAAAGGAGAUCUUCUGGAACUGAGCCAGUGUCUGGCAGAUCUGGGCGACAAUGACAUGGUAACAGCUCUGUGUACACGGACAAAAAAGCCUUGUGACAUUCCGGUGAAACUCUUGUAUACCAUAGCUACUGUGGACAAACCUUCAGAUGCUUUAAUAGAGAGACUGACCAUCCAGAUUUGUAAGAAUGCAGUAGGUUUCAUAUCUAGUGAUAAAACUCAACAGUACAGCUUGCAGGGCUAUGCUAAAACUCGUUUCAGACUAAACAGCGAAAGUGUUAUGACCAAGAUUUUCACGAAAGCCUCCAUGAAGCGGAAGGAUGUGGAUAACCUGUGGAGUUGGAGCAAGGAUACCUUGAAGAAGCCACUUCUAAAGAGAACUUACAACAGAGAUGAUGUCAAAAAGCUAGCCCUCCAUGCCUUUAGCUAUAUCCUUUUGCUAAAAAACCAUCAUCAUGUAUUCAUAAUUUGCCUUAACAUAUGUUUACCAAUUCAAAAAUACAUGAGCAGUCAUGUCCUUAAUGACGACUCCGCCAACUACAGCCUCUGUACUCAGUGGAUACUCAGUCCUGCUCAAAGAAAUAAAUACUUGAGGGAGGAAAUCUAUUGCCAGAUUGUCAAACAACUCACCAAUAAUCCUGAUAAGACAAGUGCUGACCGAGGUUGGUGCUUGCUGACCAUGUUAAGCUCACUGACCCCACCUAGCAGCGAGUUGAUUGACCACAUCUUACUCUUUGUAAAAGGGUCAUCUCACCCAAUGGCCAGCCACUGUGAGACAAAUAUCAAGAUGAAAAGAAGACGUGGAGGUGAUCGCCUCUACCCAUCUCACCAACUGGAGCAUGAGAUGGUCUCCAAACAGCAGCAGAGUGUGAAGAUUCAAGUCUUCCUUCCUGAUAAAACCACACAGGUCCUGGAUGUCACCAGCCACACUAGAAUAUUUGACCUGAAGAAGGAGAUAGCCAGUAGGCUUUCCUUGAAGUCAUUCCAUGAGUACAGCCUGUUUCUGACUUCAAAGGACAAGGUUCACUGUCUCUCAGACCGAUCUUUCUAUUUCGACUGCCUAGCCCAUGCAGAGAUAUACUGGUUUAAGGAGAGCAAAAGAAAUGAUUCUAGUUCCAAGGCGCUGGCAUCUUCUACAGGUGUCCUUGUGAUGUUGAAGAAGAUAUGGGUCAAUGGACAGCCUUGUGCAGACCCAGUUGCUGACAGAAUAUUCCACUUUCCCCAGGAGAUGGCAAAUUACCUGCGAGGCUAUCACCAAAUACCAGAUACAUUAGUGAUGAAGUUAGCCUCUCUUGUUUACAUUGCUCUGUAUGCUGGUGGUGAGAUCCCUGUCAACCAGCUGAGUGAUGUGAUCCCCAAGAUCAUGCCUACAGGCUACUUAAAUGGCAAGAAAAUUUCAGAGAUUGAGACGAUACAUCAAGAAGACAAAGUUAUGACAUCACAGGAUGCUAAAACAGUGUUCAUACGAGAGUUAUCCCGACUGGCCACCUAUGGUGCUGUCUUCUGUGAAGUCAAGCAAAGCCAAGUCAAGACACUGCCAACAAACUGUUUGAUGGCAAUCAACUAUUCUGGUGUUCACAUCAUUGAUGCAAAGACAAAGGAGAUUGUCAAAACUUACAAAUUUGAGAGUAUCCCAAACUGGGCAUAUGAUGACCGUUCUUUCACUCUUAUUGUGGUUGAGUCUGGGAAAUCCACCAAGCUUCUCAUGGAGACCACAGUGGGCCAUAAUAUGGAUGAUCUGCUGAUGUCCUACGUGGCUUGGAUCAUGAAUGUUCAGAUGCAGAAGAAGAGUGGCUACCAAGGAGGCACAGCUGGAGAGAGUGUUUGCUAA